AUGCCGAGAACACGCCGUCUCCUGAAGGAGGAAAUCACGUACUCUCUUGCCAAGGAGCGGAGGGUCAAUAUCCUUCACGAGCUGGGCUACGACUAUUACCAACAAACUCGCUUCUUCUCUCACCUCAGCGAUAAACGUGUGUGGAUGAAAGAUGUUAUUAUCCCCCAUCUGGGUUUAAGAUCCACCGAAAUACCUGGAAGGGCAAGCAGCAAUCGGGACAAUGUGUCCCCCUUCGAUUUCCUCUUCCAUAUCGUGUUGGGGAGGGCUUUCGGCAUGGGAAUUGGCGAUGAAAAGAUACAGUGUGAGGCUGGUGCCUAUGCAUGGCUUUGA